AUGGGCUCGCUCAACAAGUUUCCCGACAAGCACAUCAACCUCCAAUUAGGAUGGCCUUCACCGUCCUUGUUUCCUUCAAAGCUUCUUGCAGAGGCGGCGCAGGAAACACUCCUCAACCCCAAGAUGGCUGCCCAGACACUUGUAUAUGGUCCUGACCCUGGCCACGAAUUUGUACGAACGGGAACCGCACAAUGGUUGAACAGGUUCUACGAGCCCGAAGCCGGCGAUAUAGAGCCGGGACAACUGUUCAUCACUCCUGGCGCCUCAGCGGCACUGGCUAUGCUAUUGACAAGAUUCACUUCCCCCAAUUUCACGCAAUUCAUCUGGAUGAUCGAGCCAACUUAUUUUCUGGCGUGUCCAGCUUUCCGGGAGGCUGGCUUUGAUGGUCGGCUGCGAGGGGUUCCAGAAGAUGUAGAAGGGCUCGAUAUCGACUUUCUGAGAACCGGCCUCACUGGGGCUGAGGCUGAGGCCAGAGAGUAUGAGGAUGGAAUCAUCAGUGACUCAGCCUUUGCGCGAAGCUCUAAGCUAUACAGGCAUAUCAUCUAUAUGGUUCCUACCUUUAGCAACCCAAGUGCAAAGGUCAUGUCUCUGCGGCGCCGUGAGCAAGUUGUGCGAUUGGCUCGUCAGUUUGACUGCCUCAUCAUAUCCGACGACGUCUACGACUGUCUUCGUUGGCCUCACCCAAACACCACAGAAGGCGCACAGCUACCAAAGUCUUUACCACGGUUGGUAGACCUGGAUCGUCUGCUGCCUGGUGGAACAGAUUGGGGUAACGCCGUAAGUAAUGGAUCCUUCUCCAAAGUUGUAGCACCGGGAGUAAGGGUUGGCUGGGUAGAAGGGUCUUCCCUCAUCGUCAGAGAACUUUGCAGACUGGGCCCUGUAACAUCAGGAGGCUGCCAGAGUCAGCUCUCAUCCAUGAUUCUCGGACAGAUGCUCAUCUCGGGGAAGCUGGAGGAGCACAUCCAGUCGACCCUCAUUCCCGUAUAUCAGCGUCGACACCGUGCCAUGCUUGAAUCUAUCGACAAGUACCUGCUCCCACUUGGGUUCAGUAUUUCGACAACAGAGAUGAGCGAUGGCGAUAAUACGCAAGGAAUGUUAGCCGGUGGUUUCUUUUUGUAUCUACUAUUCCCUACCGAUUCACCGCCGGCUGAAGCUGUAGCCAUUGUUGCCCUAGAAGGGUUCAACCUACUGAUAGCGCAUGGUGGUAUGAUGUGUGUAGCGGGAGACUCUGGCUGUGCAAAAAGAAGUAAGAAGGGCUUUGGCCAGGGUGCGAGAUUGUGUUGGGCUUGGCACGAUGAAGCCGACAUUGCUGAGGGAAUCCAGAGAUUGGCUUCAGCUUUUGAGCACUCACGAACGCGUUUAACUUAG